UGUGUGUGUGUGUGUGUGUAUGUAUGUAGGGCCGCACGGUGCAUGCUGCCCCUGCCAGGCGUGGCCGUAGGCGGAGCUUCAUGCCAGCCAGCUUCCUGGAUGAAGACAUGGUGGACUUCCCUGAUGAGCUGGACACCUCCUUCUUUGCCAGGGAUGGUGUGGCGCAUGAUGAACUGUCCACCUACGCAGACGAGGUGUUUGAGUCGCCGUCCGAGGCGGCCAUCAAGGAGGCGGAGUCUGGCCUGCCUCUGGAGGAGGGGGAGCUGACGGGCAGCGCUCUGGACAAGACCGAGCUGGAGAGGAGCCACCUGAUGCUCCCCCUGGAGCGAGGCUGGCGUAAGGACAGGGACGGCCCCCUGCAGAUUCCCAAGGUGCGCUUGCGCCAGGAAGUGGUCAGCAUCAACGGGCAGCCCCGGCGGGGCCAACGCAUCACUGUGCCCGUCCAGAAGCUGUUCGCUCGGGAGAAACGCCCAUACGGCCUGGGCAUGGUGGGCAAGCUCACCAACCGGACGUACCGCAAGCGCAUCGACAGCUUUGUCCAGCAGCAGAUAGAAGACAUGGAUGACCACAGGCCGUUCUUCACCUACUGGAUCACGUUCGUCCACCUGCUCAUCACCAUCCUGGCCGUGGCUAUUUACGGCAUCGCCCCGGUGGGCUUCUCCCAGCAUGAGACUGUCGACUCGGUCUUGCGAAAUAAAGGGGUGUACGAAAACGUCAAGUUUGUGCAACAAGAGAACUUCUGGGUGGGCCCGAGUUCUGAGGCACUGAUCCACCUGGGGGCCAAGUUCUCCCCCUGCAUGCGUCAGGACAAGGAGGUGCACGAGCUUAUCCAGGAGAAGAGAGGGAGAGAGAGGGAGUCCGCCUGCUGCGUCCGAAACGACCGCUCCGGCUGCGUCCAAACCUCGCAGGACGAGUGCUCGACCACCCUGGCAGUGUGGGUGAAGUGGCCUCAGCACCCCAGCGCCCCGCUGCAUGAUGGGAAACUGCGCCAGCAUGGCUCCGUCUGUCACCAGGACCCCAGGAUCUGUUUGGAGCCCGCCUCUGUGUCUCCUCACGAGUGGCCUGAUGACAUCACCAAGUGGCCAGUAUGUACCAGAUACAACCCUGCCAAUCACACCAACCUCCCCCAUGUGGACUGUGCCAUCACAGGCAGACCCUGCUGCAUCGGCACCAAGGGAAGGUGUGAGAUCACCUCCAGAGAGUACUGUGACUUCAUGAAGGGCUACUUUCACGAGGAGGCCACUCUCUGCUCACAGGUGGCCUGUAUGGAUGAUGUGUGUGGGCUACUGCCUUUCCUCAACCCAGAGAUCCCUGACCAGUUCUACCGCCUCUGGCUGUCCCUCUUCCUCCACGCUGGGAUCCUGCACUGCCUGGUGUCGGUGCUGUUCCAGAUGACGGUGCUGAGGGACCUGGAGAAGCUGGCCGGCUGGCUCCGGAUCUCCAUCAUCUAUAUCCUGUCUGGCAUCACCGGCAACCUGGCCAGCGCCAUCUUCCUGCCCUACCGGGCAGAGGUGGGUCCUGCGGGGUCCCAGUUCGGGACGCUGGCCUGCCUGUUCGUGGAGCUGUUCCAGAGCUGGCAGAUCCUGGAGCGCCCGUGGCGGGCCUUCGCCAAGCUGCUGGGCAUCGCCCUCUUCCUGUUCUCCUUCGGCCUGCUGCCCUGGAUCGACAACUUCGCCCACAUCUGCGGCUUCAUCUCUGGGUUCUUCCUCUCCUUCGCCUUCCUCCCCUACAUCAGUUUUGGCCAGUCGGACAUGUACCGUAAGCGUGGUCAGAUCUGCGUGUUCCUGGUGGUGUUCCUGGGCCUGAUGUCAGCCCUGGCCGUGCUCUUCUACGUCUACCCGGUCAAGUGUGACUGGUGCGAGUACCUCACCUGCAUCCCCAUCACAGACAAGUUCUGUGACAAGUAUGACCUCAACGCCCACCUACACUGACCAUGCCUCUCCUCGAAACGGAUGGAUGGAGAUGAAUGGAGGGAUGGAUGGAGAUGAAUGGAUGGAGAUGAAUUGAUGGAUGGAUGGAGAUGAAUGGAUGGAUGGAUAUGGAUGGAUGGAGAUGAAUUGAUGGAUGGAUGGAGAUGAAUGGAUGGAUGGAUGAAUGGAUGAAUGCAUGGAUGGAUGGAUGAAUGCAUGGAUGAAUGGAUGGAUGGAUAUGGAUGGAUGGAGAUGAAUGGAUGGAUGGAGAUGAAUGGAUGGAUGAAUGCAUGGAUGAAUGGAUGGAUAUGGACGGAUGGAGAUGGAUGGAUGCAUGGAUGAAUGACUGCUUUGGCCAGUGCCCACCUCCUCUGAAGAGGCCUUCCGGAGUGUGGAGCCCUAAUGAACAGCUGUCCCACCAGCUGUAACCCUGGACCCUGGGGCAGGUCUGGUUUUUCCUUCUGGACUGUUGGUACUGGUGCACUGUGGGUGCCUGUCACGGGCUGGUACAAUAAAACAUGUGUGUUCGA